GCGCAUGAGCAGUAAGACUUAUCAUUCCUGAUAUAAAAGGAAGGUUCGCUGUGGCUUCUGUUCAGUUCAGUAUAGGACUUUGCGUGUUUCUAGAGGCAGAACGUGAUACUCCUUAAAUUUUAUUGAAAUUUUUGCUGCAACGAGAUACUACGAAGAAGAUAAUCAUGCAGAUCUUCGUCAAGACACUAACAGGGAAAACGAUCACACUUGAAGUUGAAGCUUCCGAUACCAUUGAGAACGUGAAAGCAAAGAUUCAAGAUAAAGAAGGAAUUCCGCCAGACCAACAAAGGUUGAUCUUUGCUGGAAAGCAACUUGAAGACGGACGCACGUUGUCCGAUUAUAAUAUUCAAAAGGAAUCGACUCUUCAUCUUGUUCUUCGUCUGAGAGGAGGAAUGCAAAUUUUUGUAAAAACCCUUACUGGGAAAACUAUCACUUUAGAAGUUGAAGCUUCCGAUACUAUUGAGAAUGUGAAAGCCAAAAUUCAAGACAAAGAAGGAAUCCCUCCAGACCAACAAAGAUUGAUCUUUGCUGGAAAGCAACUGGAAGAUGGGCGCACACUUUCUGAUUAUAAUAUUCAAAAGGAAUCGACUCUUCAUCUUGUUCUUCGUCUGAGAGGAGGAAUGCAAAUUUUUGUAAAAACCCUUACUGGGAAAACUAUCACUUUAGAAGUUGAAGCUUCCGAUACUAUUGAGAAUGUGAAAGCAAAAAUUCAAGACAAGGAAGGAAUUCCGCCAGAUCAACAGAGAUUGAUCUUUGCUGGAAAGCAACUUGAAGAUGGACGCACACUUUCUGAUUACAAUAUACAAAAGGAAUCAACCCUACAUCUUGUUCUUCGUCUUCGAGGUGGUAUGCAAAUUUUCGUCAAGACCCUGACAGGAAAAACUAUCACACUUGAAGUUGAAGCUUCCGAUACUAUUGAGAACGUAAAAGCAAAAAUUCAAGACAAAGAAGGAAUCCCUCCAGACCAACAAAGAUUAAUCUUUGCUGGAAAGCAACUGGAAGAUGGGCGCACACUUUCUGAUUAUAAUAUUCAAAAGGAAUCGACUCUUCAUCUUGUUCUUCGUCUGAGAGGAGGAAUGCAAAUUUUCGUCAAGACUCUGACAGGAAAAACUAUCACACUUGAAGUUGAAGCUUCCGAUACUAUAGAGAAUGUGAAAGCAAAAAUUCAAGACAAAGAAGGAAUCCCUCCAGACCAACAAAGAUUGAUCUUUGCUGGAAAGCAACUGGAAGAUGGGCGCACACUUUCUGAUUACAAUAUACAAAAGGAAUCAACCCUACAUCUUGUGCUUCGUCUGAGAGGUGGUAUGCAAAUUUUCGUCAAGACCCUGACAGGAAAAACUAUCACACUUGAAGUUGAAGCUUCCGAUACUAUUGAGAACGUAAAAGCAAAAAUUCAAGACAAAGAAGGUAUCCCUCCAGACCAACAAAGAUUGAUCUUUGCUGGAAAGCAACUUGAAGAUGGACGCACGCUGUCCGAUUAUAAUAUUCAAAAGGAAUCGACUCUUCAUCUUGUUCUUCGUCUUCGAGGUGGUAUGCAAAUUUUCGUCAAGACCCUGACAGGAAAAACUAUCACACUUGAAGUUGAAGCUUCCGAUACCAUUGAGAACGUGAAAGCAAAAAUUCAAGACAAAGAAGGAAUCCCUCCAGACCAACAAAGAUUGAUCUUUGCUGGAAAGCAACUUGAAGAUGGACGCACGCUGUCCGAUUAUAAUAUUCAAAAGGAAUCGACUCUUCAUCUUGUUCUUCGUCUUCGAGGUGGUAUGCAAAUUUUCGUCAAGACCCUGACAGGAAAAACUAUCACACUUGAAGUUGAAGCUUCCGAUACCAUUGAGAACGUGAAAGCAAAAAUUCAAGACAAAGAAGGAAUCCCUCCAGACCAACAAAGAUUAAUCUUUGCUGGAAAGCAACUGGAAGAUGGGCGCACACUUUCUGAUUACAAUAUACAAAAGGAAUCAACCCUACAUCUUGUGCUUCGUCUGAGAGGUGGUAUGCAAAUUUUCGUCAAGACCCUGACAGGAAAAACUAUCACACUUGAAGUUGAAGCUUCCGAUACUAUUGAGAACGUAAAAGCAAAAAUUCAAGACAAAGAAGGUAUCCCUCCAGACCAACAAAGAUUGAUCUUUGCUGGAAAGCAACUUGAAGAUGGACGCACGCUGUCCGAUUAUAAUAUUCAAAAGGAAUCGACUCUUCAUCUUGUUCUUCGUCUUCGAGGUGGUAUGCAAAUUUUCGUCAAGACCCUGACAGGAAAAACUAUCACACUUGAAGUUGAAGCUUCCGAUACCAUUGAGAACGUGAAAGCAAAAAUUCAAGACAAAGAAGGAAUCCCUCCAGACCAACAAAGAUUAAUCUUUGCUGGAAAGCAACUUGAAGAUGGACGCACGCUGUCCGAUUAUAAUAUUCAAAAGGAAUCGACUCUUCAUCUUGUUCUUCGUUUGAGAGGAGGAAUGCAAAUUUUCGUCAAGACCCUGACAGGAAAAACUAUCACACUUGAAGUUGAAGCUUCCGAUACUAUUGAGAAUGUGAAAGCAAAAAUUCAAGACAAAGAAGGAAUCCCUCCAGACCAACAAAGAUUAAUCUUUGCUGGAAAGCAACUUGAAGACGGACGCACGCUGUCCGAUUAUAAUAUUCAAAAGGAAUCGACUCUUCAUCUUGUUCUUCGUCUGAGAGGAGGAAUGCAAAUUUUCGUCAAGACCCUGACAGGAAAAACUAUCACACUUGAAGUUGAAGCUUCCGAUACUAUUGAGAACGUAAAAGCAAAAAUUCAAGACAAAGAAGGAAUCCCUCCAGACCAACAAAGAUUGAUCUUUGCUGGAAAGCAACUUGAAGAUGGACGCACGCUGUCCGAUUAUAAUAUUCAAAAGGAAUCGACUCUUCAUCUUGUUCUUCGUCUUCGAGGUGGUAUGCAAAUUUUCGUCAAGACCCUGACAGGAAAAACUAUCACACUUGAAGUUGAAGCUUCCGAUACUAUUGAGAACGUAAAAGCAAAAAUUCAAGACAAAGAAGGUAUCCCUCCAGAUCAACAAAGAUUGAUCUUUGCUGGAAAGCAACUUGAAGACGGACGCACGCUGUCCGAUUAUAAUAUUCAAAAGGAAUCGACUCUUCAUCUUGUUCUUCGUCUGAGAGGAGGAAUGCAAAUUUUUGUAAAAACCCUUACUGGGAAAACUAUCACUUUAGAAGUUGAAGCUUCUGAUACUAUUGAGAACGUGAAAGCAAAAAUUCAAGAUAAGGAAGGCAUUCCUCCAGACCAACAGAGGUUGAUCUUCGCUGGUAAACAAUUGGAAGAUGGGCGCACGCUUUCUGAUUACAAUAUACAAAAGGAAUCAACCUUGCAUCUUGUGCUUCGUCUUCGAGGUGGCCGAUGAUUUAAUGUAUUGAUCGCACCUUAAUUUAUAAAAUUAUAUCAAGUGAAUAGAAACAAAUUUUUUUACUUUUAUCCAUUAUAGCUAUUGAUCGCGUGGUAUAAUCUUAUUAAGUAUUUACUCGAAAUAAAUGGCAUUAUAAAUAA